AACUGUUGAUGCAUUAGAUGAUAGUCUGAUGAAUAAACAAUCUAUUGAUGAAAGAAGAAGACGAAGAAGAAGUAAAGAAAAAACAAAGAAAGUUCAUAAAUGUCAUUACAGUGAUUGUGACAAACAGUUUCCAUAUAAUUGUCUACUAAUGUCACACUUAUUGCUGAAACAUAACGAUGAACAACAACUUACUGAACAACAGUUGAUGAAAAUGAGACAAAAACCGAAACGACAGAUACGCCGAAAGAAUUACAGAUGCGAUUGGAUUGGAUGUGAUAAACAAUUUUGCCAUCGAUUUCAACUGGAAGGCCAUCAGCGAACCAAACAUAUCGGUGAGCGGCCAUUCAAGUGCCGGGAAUGUAUGAAAUCAUUUGGUGCCGCUUUCUAUCUGAGAGCUCAUAUCAAGAAAUGUCAUACAAAUCAGAAAUUUAAAUGUCUGUACGAUAACUGCGACAAAGUCUAUCUGUCCAGUCAGGCACUCGAUGAUCAUCAUCUGCGCCAUCAGGGCUUGUAUUUGAAGAAAUUUAAGUGCAAUGUCGACGAUUGCGGUAAAAGUUAUUAUAAAAAUUGGUUACUAACUCAACACAAACGUACGGCACAUUCGGAUGAUAGGCCCUAUCCGUGCGAUUGGCCCGGUUGUGACAAACGAUUUAAACGGCCAAACUAUUUGUCCACACAUCGCGAUAGUCAUCUGAAUGUCCGUAAGUAUCGGUGUCCAGUCGACGGAUGCGAUAAAGUUUACGCAACAAAACAUUGUUUAGUAUCGCAUAAAAGUUCCCAUACUUUGCCCAAUGUUUGUACGUGGCCGGGAUGUGAGGCCAGAUACGGUCAAAAACAGAAACUUACCGAACAUAUGAACGGACAUCAGGGACUCAAACCAUAUAAAUGUCAUUUUCCUGAUUGCGAUGUUAGCUAUCGUUUGAAUGCAUCACUUCAUCGACAUUUAAAAACAAUACAUAAUUAUAUGAAGUCAUACCAUAGAGAAUAGGUUAG